AUGGCUAGCAUCUUUUCACGUUUGGGUAGCAGCCGGGGUCAGAAUUCACCCCUGCCACCUUGGGCUCAUUCCAUGCUGAGGUCCCUGGGGAGGAGUCUUGGUCCUUUAAUGGCCAGCAUGGCAGAGAGAAACAUGAGGUUGUUCUCUGGGAGGGCAGAGCCAGCUCAGGGGGAAGACACCUUUGAGAACUGGCUGAGCCAAGUCACUGGGGUGCUGCCUGAUUGGCAUAUGCCUGAGGAGGAAAAGGUCAGACGCCUAAUGAGAACUCUUAGAGGCCCUGCCCGGGAGGUCAUGCGUUUGCUCCAAGCUGCCAAUCCUGGCUUAGACGUCGAGGAUUUUUUGCGCGCAAUGAAACUGGUCUUUGGGGAGUCUGAGAGCAGCGUGACAGCCCAUAGUAAAUUUGUUAACACUGUUCAGGAACAUGGAGAGAAAUCAUCCCUGUAUGUGAUCCGCUUAGAGGUGCAGCUGCAGAAUGCUAUCCAGGCAGGGGUGUUUGCUGAGAGAGAGGCAAACCAGGCUCGCCUGCAUCAGCUCCUGGUGGGGGCUGAGAUGAGUACAGACCUUCGAUUCAGGCUUAAGAAUCUUCUCCGGCUAUAUGCAAAUGAGCCAGAGCGCCUUCCCAAUUUCCUGGAAUUAAUCAGGAUGAUAAGGGAGGAAGAGUAUUGGGAGGAGACAUUUAUUAAUCCAAAGAGGCCCAGAAGAUCCGAGUCAGUGAUGGAGAGGGCACUCAGCCCUAUGGCACUCCACAGCUCCCCACCAAUAAUGAUCAGCAGUAUUGACUGCAAUGUGAUAGAGAUAGAUGACUCUCCUGAUGAUUCAGAUGAGGAUGUGAUCUUGGUGGAGCCUGAGGACCCACCACUGCCAUCCUCAAGUGCCCCCUCCUUCCUAGGCAGGGCUGUAUCGGAGGACCAAGUGCUGGUCAUUGAGUCCCCUAAUAUUUUUGAGAUCCAGGCUCCUUCCACCAGCAGUGGUGCUGGGAGGAAGAACAAUCGGGGUUUUGGGGAGCUUCGUAGAGCCAGGAAACGCAAACAUACAAUCCAUUGUUCCCACUGUGGUGAGGAGGGCCACUCCAAAGAAACCUGUGACAAUGAGAAUGACAAGGGCCAGGUUUUUGAGAAUCUGAUCAUCACCCUGCAGGAGCUGACACAUGCAGAGGAGAGAGCCAGAGGGGCCCCUGGAGAACCCUUUGGCUUCUCUGAACUACAGUAAGAUGCUACUCCCCAGACUUAAAUUAACCCUUACCUGUAUUAAAUGUUUAAUUGUAGAAAAGAUGGGGGAACAGACUUCUAAUUGCAUGAACAAAUCCACAAAGUGGCUUUCUUUUGGGGUGGAGAAAUGGUCUUGAAUACCAAUAAAGGGAAAUGGCCUGACCUAUGAUCUUGUUCCCCUUUCCCCUGCCUAACAGUCUAUUUUCUGUGUGAACCUAUCUCCUUGGUGGCUUUAUUCUCUUUGUGAAAGUGGUAUUGUUCAUUGUUCAAUCUUCAAGUAAGAAAAUUGUUAAAAAGUACAAAUUACCCAGAACUCUCUACCUUGUGCAACAAGUGUCAACCCUUUGGUGCCUAUCCUUCUAAAUAUUUCU